AUGACUCCUGGGUUAUUCUUCCUCAGGCCACUGCUGCUCGAGCUACGUACCAACUCAGUUUUUUCUCGCACUCGUUAAGAUCGAGCCAACACGAGAAGUCGCCACUAAUAAAUUACAGUUUUUUACUGCCCUCUAUCAGUCUGCGCCGCGAACUCGAGUUAUUUAUACGUAAAAUAAACAUUAAUCAACAAUAACAGCAGUUGUCAGCGUCUGCAACCAGCCUAGCCCCGCCCGUCGCAAGAUUCCGACAAAAUGUUCGCAGUGAUGCAAAUCGACGAGGACCACACACGGGACUUCAGGCGCAAACUGCGGCCGAAGUGCGAGUUCGUGUGCAAGUACUGCCAGCGCAGGUUCACGAAGUCGUACAACCUGAUGAUACACGAACGCACCCACAAGAGCCCGGAGCUCACGUUCAGCUGUGAGGUGUGCGGGAAAUCGUUCAAGCGACAGGAUAAUCUACGCCAGCAUAGAUGUAGUCAAUGCUUGUGGCGGUGAAGGAAGGAGAAAGCACGAUCCAACUCAGCGGUCUCUCUUACACGAUAGAAGAAAUCCAUUACAAUCCAAACAAGGAGGCCGCAUGUCUAAGAUGGUGAUUCAAGACUCCUGUGUAUCCGCAUUAAGUAAUAAUCGGGAUAA